AUGUCCGACAUUGAGAAGUCGUUCGUGUUCCUCCAGGACAACCUGCCGCAAUGGCUGCAGGACAUUGCCAGCAUCCAAGAGAAGGUCACGGCCAUGCAGGCCGAUAAUACGAAAGUGCCCGUAUCACAGUCGCCGUUCGGGAAGCGGACCGACUCCACCGCGUCCAUACGACCAGCACUAGACGCCAUCGCAGAGGACGCAGCGCCUUCGAACGCAACACCUCCAGACGCCGUCACAAGUCGCAAACGAAAGUCACAUUCCGUCUCGUCCGGCCACGAACCUGGCACUGCCCGCCAUCGCCCUCGAACCAUGGUGGUUGUCAACUACGAUGGAGACAUGCAGAAGUCGUUUGAACUGCUCGUGCGGGCAAUAGGGACCGGACGCAACAUGUUACGUAAGGCCAAGAUGGAGGCCAGAAUGAAUGAGAUGGCCACCCAGGCAGAGUCAAGCGCAGAGGAGGACGACAUGGACGACGACGACGAAGAGAUCGACCUAUCCAAAAUCAACUACCGAGCCCGCAUGUCAUCAUUACGCGCAAGAUCGGCGGCGAGGAGAAGCGGCAGACUGGGCGUCACCAGUGGUGUAGAGACACCUGUCGUGCUGUUCGAUACCUCGGACAAAACAUUAGAGCAAGCCCAAGAGCUGUGCGAGAAGUCGGCGCAUCUCACCUUACGUGACGGCGACUGCAGAACAGAGCUGGAAGGAGUGCGAAAGAACUUUGAGACUGUGUUGGAGACGGCAAAGAUGGAGGUGGAGAAAUGCAACGCACGCAAGGCACAACAUCCACCUGAAUUACAGGCGCACGAGACCUCCGACACAUCCGUGUCUUCCCUAGAGCCCGAGAUGACAUACCGGAAAGACACUUCGCAAUCAGUACCACCACCACCCGAACUCGAUGCUCAACCCAAGACCACAUUGGCAACACAGCCUGUGACUACCCCACAACCACUGAAGAUCGUCGACAUUGAGGUUGAUGACGAGGACGACGAUGACGACUUCGUACUGCCGCCUGUACGGCUAACCUCGCGACUGAAUCGUCGAGGCUGA